AUGGCUGGUGAUUUCUCGAGGGUGCGCAGCAGCCACCCAGCCCGGCGUCGCCCCGGUUCGGCUGUGCACGCUGCAGAAGAGCCCUUCCCGGCGGCGGUGGAAACCGAGUCGCAGGAGCCGCCCGCACGCCCCGAGCAGGUGGAGCAGCACCGGCGCUGGGGACAUCUGCAUCCCGCGGCGCCGGAAGGCAGGUCCCUGCGGAGCUCCACCUCGGCGUCCGACCAAAGGACACCUGCAGCGUGGGCUGCGCCUCGCACGGGGGGAGACGGUGCCGCGGUGCGAAGAGAGCAGCUUUGUGCCGCGGCGAGGCGAGGGCGCGCGUGGGAAAGGGAAAACAGAGGUGCUGGGAAGGACCGACGGACGGUGCCUUUAAAAAACAUCAGCAGGCUGCGCGGAAGCCUCGUGCCGCCGCUGAGCUCUGUGCCGGCCGAUGUGUUUGCAAACCAGACUGCCUCCGUCAGAGGCCGCGUCCAUUGGGCGAGUCCUGCAGCCUGCGAGAGGGCAGCGAACCCUCACUCAAAUACGGCGAAAGCACGUCAGCGCACAGCCCUUCCAGGAUCUGAUGGGCGCACACGCGGUCCUCUCGUCCGUAAUGCACUAACGAUGCCCACGCGAUUCGGGGCUCUGUGCCACGGACGAGGCGAACCAGCCCGGGACAGGGAGAAGGCGACCUGCCUGGAAACGCAGCGUCCGGAAGCUCGAGUUAACGCGUGGGCGAGAGCCACGAGAGCACCACCGCCAGCCCCGCGCCCCGAGAGGCGUUCCCCUCCCGAGAGCCUUCAUCCGACCUCGCAGACGGGCGACGCGAGCGCGGCUGCGGGGGCUCGGCGGCUGGGUGCAUCCGCAAACAGAGCGGGAGAGGUGUCCAGGUCACGCUGGCAGCGAGAGGCGAACUCAAGCCUGCGGUCUGUGAAUCCUCAGGCUGUUGUUCUGUGUUUAAACCGUGACGGCUCAGAAAUGUUAAACGUGACGUACUCGAGUUACAUGUCACAUAGCAAAAUAAAGGAUAAAUGUAUUGCGAUACGAUAGGAAAGAAAUUAAUUACCUUAUUUAAACUGUUUGAAGUGUAAACUUCCAUUAACGUCAUAACUGCAGAUUCAGUCACAGAAAGUGUAUCUUCAGGAAUAAAAAACUCUAGCAAAUUGGUUUUUACAUUCAUGCUAUAAAUAUUUUUGUUUUGUUUAUAAAAUAAAUAGCAAACCCCAGAUGCUUGCAUGUUUAGCUCACCGAGCAAAAUGCACUGUCCACUGGCUUUGCCAGAUCUUCUGCCAUUCAGCUUGCAAUAAUUAUUAAUAGGCAGUGGGAAGCUAAACGCUUAAAAAUGUUGCGGAGAAAGAAACAGCUUGACUGGUGUUUUUAUCGCUAAUGGGAAUAUUGGGAAAUAAGUCAAUGCUUAUUAAAUCCCUCUACUCAUAGCGUAAUGUGCCGGUUUGGGCUGGGACAGAGUUAACAAAAGAAUUAAAAAACCUGUAUGCAUCUUCCAUCACCCAGCGCUCUGCUGAACUCCCGUUCUAAGGCUGCUCUCCCACAGCUGAUGUCCGUGGUUCCUGCGGGCUGACGGAAGAUGCUGCCGGUGCCACCGUCACCUCCGAGAGACAACCCCGGCUGGCUGAAACGGUAACCGCAUAAAACACCCUAAAACACCCUAAACGGCGGCGUUUCGGCUGCGUCCUCUGCCCCGCGGCUGCCUGAGCUGGGGGUGGCCAGGUUUCCCCCCGGCUCACCGGCGUAGCCGUUCACCUUGGCCACCCCGUUCCUCCAGGAAAGCCCUCUGCCCCCUCCCAGCCGCUUGCCGGGGCUACCGCUGUGCUUUGCUUUUUGGGGUGGUUGUACGGAGAUUUGGUUAAUGCCCAGGUCAGCGGUUAGUGGCACGCGGUGCGUCCUGGUGAUACGGCGUUAUCGCUUCCCUGCUGGGCUCCCUGGGAUUGCCUUCACCCUGCCCAUCGCGACUCGCUCCCCGGCUUCUUGCACGUGCUUCAGCUGCUGCAGAAACACAGGAACCGGGAGGUUACACCUUUGCGCCGCUACCGAGCGUGGAACGCAAAAUGUGCGGCUGAGCAGUUUCUUGUGCUCAGGAGCAAAGGGUUUGCUUCUCCGUAACCCUGCCGUGAAUGUUAUUGUUUCCUGCAGGAUUGGAUAAAAUCCCAGCAUAAAUAAUAUUUAAAACUACUUACGUAUGAGUACGGUGUUAGCAUCCCCAGCCUGUACUUUUUAAUAGGCUCGUCAGAGCGGGAGAGUGACAACAUGGAAACGCAAACCUGAGAUCUACCUUUGCUCUCUCCCGCGCUCUGUCGGUAUUCUGCCGUGCAGCGACAGGGCUGUUUGGCCGCAGCUUGGUAGUUACCGUGUAUACCAGUUUACUCAAACGUUCGUCUUUCAGGUAGUUCUGACCUAAUGUGGUCAUCGAUAACAAAUCUCAAUAACAAGUAGUGAGGACCGGCCAGUUCGAUGCUCCCCUGCUGACACGCAGCCUUAGCUCAUGUGCUUUGACUUCUCUGAGGUGUGGUUUUUUCCUUAUACCUUUCCUUUCCUUCCGAUUAGCGAUUGUUCCAAAGUGGGACUCCUUCCAGCUGAGCUGAUCGGAUCGGCCGCGGUGUGUCCGAUCUGCAGAGACAGUCCAGCACAGAUCUUGCAGGAACAGGAUCAGUAUACCGACAGGCUAGUGGGGGAUUCAUGAGAAGCUCCUUUUUUUUUUUUUUUCCUGAAACGCCAAAAUCUUUCAAACCCAAUUAUUCCGAGAGGACAAAUUCGAAGCCCCCCCGCUCUGCUGUCCUUCACGUCCCGCUGACAGCACUGUUACUGCUCCAGGUGACCGCCAGCAUCGCUGCAGCUUCUGGGACAGGGCCAGACCGAGACACAAACGCGCUCCGGUCAUACUCAAGGUGAGAAUUUAUUUUCAGCUUGCAAAAUGAUUUCUGAGCCUGGCAAGAAGGCUGAUCGGUCUAGUGGUCAGGCCAUUUCCCAGCGUACACCAGCGUCGGACGCGCCUCGCCGGGGCGGGAGGAGGCUGGCAAAGCAUCCGUAAUGUCAGUCCCUCCGGAGCGGAGGAGCCCGACGCUUUUGAAAUGGGAAUUCGCAGCUGGAAGAAAUACCUCUGACAAUUUAGGUAGUGAAUGGCCGCAGCGCUGCCGUAGCCCAGUCCCCAGCGGUGCUGCGUGGAGCCUUACGGGGUGUGAAGGUCUGUGUAUCCCCCAAAGACUAGCCCCUCUUUCACUAAAAAAAAAAA